AUGACAGAUGUUAUUUAUGAAGAAGUGGAGAUGAAUGACAUACACAGAGGAGAAAGUGUGGAGAUAAUGGUGGAUAUUUAUGAGAGCGCAGAUACUGUGAGAUGUCAUGAUCUGAAGACAAACACAGAGACACAGCAGCGGCGGCUUCAGCACACAGGAAGCAUCUCAGUGAAGAGCAGAAAGCAGAGAGCAGGUGAAGUGUGUUUGUGUUUGCUGUGUGCUCUUCUGCUGACGGCUGUAAUAGUGCUCAUCAUCCAGAGAAAACACUUACUGACGCACAUCACUGAACUCAAUGAAGAAAGAGAGCUGAUGCUGAAUCACAACAAUAACCUGACUGAAGAAAGAGAGCUGAUGCUGAAUCACAACAAUAACCUGACUGAAGAAAGAGAGCAGAUACUGAAUCACAUCACUAAUCUGACUAAAGAAAGAGAGCAGAUAAAAAAGAAGACUGAUGAACUCCAGCAUGGCUUUUAUACACAGGAUCAGCUUGCUGAGAACUAUAAGUGGCUUUACUACAGAUCCAGUUUCUAUUAUAUUUCAUCUGUGAAGAAGAGCUGGAGUGACAGCAGACGAGACUGUAAACAGAGACAAGCAGAUCUGGCCAUCAUAAAGAGCCCAGAGGAAAAGAAGUUUUUACAGAAGGCUGCAGCUUCAAGUUAUUUUUGGAUUGGCCUGACACAAACAGAUGGAGUGUGGAAAUGGAUUGAUGGCAGUUCAGAUUGGUGA